AUGGGUCAGGGCUAUUCUUUGACCACCCUGUCUGCAGGGUCGGCUGGUAUUGAUGUGCCUGAGCUCUCGGACUUGGUGUACGAAAAGUCCUUGGGCUCUGCCCGAUUCAUGAAAAGCAUUAGAGCUCGACAGCCCAAUGGAUUGGCCUUUGUCAAAGUUAUCAUGAAACCGUACCCAAGCUUGCAGCUGGAUCCCUACGUUAAAACGAUAACGCGUGAAAGAGAACUCCUUGCAAGCGUCCCCAACGCUCUGCCUUAUCAGCGGAUUCUAGAGACCAGUACUAGUGGAUACCUGGUCCGUCAAUACGUCUACAGCUCUCUUUAUGACAGAUUGAGUACGCGCCCAUUUUUGGAACACAUCGAAAAGAAAUGGAUUGCGUUUCAACUGCUGUGUGCGCUCCGGGACUGCCAUUCCCAGGACGUCUUCCACGGGGACAUUAAAACCGAAAAUGUCCUGGUCACCUCAUGGAACUGGCUAUAUCUGUCUGACUUUUCUUCGUCGUUCAAACCAACGUUUCUUCCAGAAGAUAACCCAGCAGACUUCUCCUUUUAUUUUGAUACCUCGGGCCGACGAACCUGCUACCUUGCUCCUGAGAGAUUCUUGGAGGCGGAGGAAGAACCAGAAGGAAGACAAGUCAAUUGGGCGAUGGACAUCUUCAGCGCGGGAUGCGUUAUCGCAGAGCUUUUUCUUGAGGCACCCAUUUUCACGCUCAGCCAACUCUACAAAUACCGCAAAGGAGAAUACAGUCCAGAGCAUAGCCAUCUUUCAAAAAUAGAAGACCGAGAUGUGAGAGAUCUUAUACUACAUAUGAUUCAAAUCGACCCUGAGUCGAGGUACUCGGCAGAGGAAUACCUCAAUUUUUGGAAGCACAAAACAUUCCCCGAAUACUUUUACAGCUUUCUUCAUCAAUAUAUGUCUCUCAUUACCGAACCGGCUUCGGGACGGACACAUGUUGACGGCGCAGAGGCUAGAACCAUGAGCGAACCUGAUGAGCGAAUAGACCGCAUUUAUUUUGACUUUGAUAAAGUGUCCUAUUUCCUAGGCUCUCCUCCAAAUCAUCCAGGCGACGGGUCAAAACUGACAACGCCGCAACUCACCAGUCAGAUUCUUCCGGUCCAAUUAGACCUGUCCAAUACUCAGCUUGAGGGAUCAAAGAUGGAACCGCAAGAAGGUGCCCUCCUCUUUCUUACGGUCGUUGUGUCGAAUCUUCGAAACACAGCAAAAGCUUCCGCUAAAGUCAAAGCUUGUGACUUGCUCUUGGCAUUCGCUGAGCGAAUCCCCGAUGAAUCCAAGUUAGAUCGCAUCUUGCCUUAUGUGAUGAUCUUGCUCAAUGAUCGAUCUGAUAUAGUCAAAAUGGCAGCCACACGCACUCUAGCACAACUCCUCUCCAUCGUCAAAGUGGUGUCACCAGUCAACGCAUAUCUGUUCCAGGAGUAUAUCUUUCCAAGAUUAAAAUUCUUGGUCGCAGAUUCAGCAUCAAGACCUAGUCCAAUGGUGCGCGCCACAUAUGCGUCCUGCAUUGCCUCGCUUGCUCAGUCAUCUCUGAGGUUCUUGGAUAUGGUUCAGGCAUUGAGAACAGAUGCACGUCUAAGAUCUGUCAUCCCUGCAGGCUCGGAAGGUGACUGGACGGAGGAUGCAUCCUUUCAUAACCUCUAUGACGUAGCCAGGGGUGAUCAUCUGGAUUUUUUUGAAGAACAAACAAAAGCUUUGUUGACCGACAGUGACUCUUCCGUUCGUCGCGCCUUUCUUGGUUCUGUGCCAGGUCUUUGCGUCUUUUUCGGAAACACAAAGACAAACGAGGUCAUCCUGAGCCAUCUAAACACCUAUUUAAAUGACAAGGACUGGAUCCUCAAGUGUGCAUUUUUCGAGGCCGUCGUUGGUGUUGCCGCCUAUGUGGGCAGCGUAAGCCUCGAAGAGUUCAUACUGCCUUUGAUGGUUCCAUCAAUGACAGACUCAGAAGACUUUGUUGUUGAAAGGGCCAUUCGCUCUAUAGCAGCAAUGGCCGAUCUGGGCCUAUUCCAGAGGUCAGUCACGUGGGAGUUACUUCACAUUGUUGUACGGUUUUUCUCUCAUCCAAAUGGUUGGAUUCGGGAGGCCGCUGUGCAUUUUGUCGCGACAUGCUCAAAAUAUUUGUCUUUUGCGGACAAGCAUUCGAUUUUGACACCGCUCGUGCGUCCGUUUUUAAAAACAAGCAUCAUUGCAAUCAGCGAAUGUGAAAUCCUUGAUGCUCUUAAGCGCCCACUGCCAAAAGGCGUGUACGAUAUGGCCAUGGUAUGGGCACAAAAAUCCGAGAAGGGGGUCUUUUGGAAGGCGGCAAACAGAGACAGUGUUUUCAGUCUAAGCACCAACGAUGGACUCGUGGGCCGAAAUUUUCCAAGGCAUGUGUCUCUUUCUGCGUUGUCCAGGAACGAAGAAGAUGAGCAGUGGAUCUCAAGGCUGAAGAGCCUUGGAAUGACUCCAGAAGACGAAUUCAAGCUAUUUGUUCUUCGGGAAUAUAUCUGGAGGGUAGCUAUGAGGUCCAGUAGAGUGUCUGACGCGACAGGGCCAUCGCACCUGAACAGCUUUAUUACAUUGACUCAGUCUGGAAUCACACCACAGACGGUUUUCUUUGAUAAAACUCAAGGCAUCAAGCAGCGAAGACAGUCAACAGGCCAUAUAUCCCCGCAAGAUGACAAAAGCGCGAAGCCUCACACGAUAGCAGACGCACUUCUCGAUGCAUCAACAUCCAUUGAUUCCCAAACAACAAUGUCUCGAAAACACCAGCGUGCACUAACUAAUAGAGCCAAGGAAAGCGGCUCAGAACGUCAAGCACCUUCAUCAGCGGCUAUAGAGUCUCUAAAAACCGACUCACAAGCUCGUUCGGCCUCGUCCUCUCCUGUUCACCAGACCUCGCAAGAGUCUUCGACCCCCAGCACGGAUAUAGAGCAGGGAUUAACUGGGAAACCUCAGGAUACCGACAAAGGCUCGGACAGGGGCAGCAUAGCAACAACAACAGAUACAAAUUUAACCCCGACAGGGUCAUUGAACAGAAUUGAAAGGAAGACAAGUGCGAUGAGCCUACUCAACCGCAAAGAUACAGGGAAAGCUUACGCUGAAACGAGCAUGAAUUCGAUGAAUGCAUUUGGAAAAGUGGAUAUCCCCUCUCAACGCAAAACGCCAACGUCUCCGUUGGCAAUGGCAAGAGAGAACUCAACCGAGCAAAAUGCUCCUCAGAAAUAUCAAGUGGGGCAUUCGUAUAACGGCAAUGACCCUAUGAUCUUGAAACUUCUGGAUAAUGUCUUCGCUGAGAACUAUCCUACGGAUCUUUUUGACCUCGGCCCGUUUGUAAAGGAGGCCGACUCUCGCCGGGCAAUCAAGAGAGCCAGCGGGGAGAAUACAGAUAAGCCAUGGCGACCUGAAGGUGUGUUAGUGGCCAUGUUUGGUGAGCAUACAGGGCCGGUAAAUCGAGUAGUAGUCGCACCUGACCACUCCUUUUUCGUUACCGGCUCUGACGACGGUACUGUCAAAGUGUGGGAUACUACUCGGCUAGAAAAAAACCUAACCCCUAGGUCACGGCAGACAUAUCGUCACGGAGCCGGUACUAAGGUGAAGUGUUUGACAUUCGUGGAGAACACAUAUACGGUAAUCAGCGGGGCAACGGAUGGCAGUAUACAUGCUAUCAAAAUCGACUACCACAAAGUGAACGAAACAGUCCGUUACGGCAAAUUACAAAUUGUCCGCCAAUACCAGCUGCCAAUUGCGCAAGACGGAUCAGCCGAAUACGCUACUUGGGUUGAACACUUUCGGUAUGAAGCUCAGUCGACGUUGUUGAUUGCUACCAACCUGUGUCGGGUCCUCGCUCUUGAUAUGAAAACCAUGCGACCGGUAUACACUUUGCAGAACCCAGUUCAUCAUGGCACGCCAACUGUGUUUUGCUACGACCGUAAGCAUAGUUGGCUGCUAGUUGGGACUUCACAUGGAAUCCUUGACCUCUGGGACCUUCGAUUUAGAGUUCGGUUGAAGGCGUGGGGACUUCCAGGAGGAACGGCCAUUCAUCGACUUCAAAUCCAUCCAACCAAGGGUCGAGGCCGAUGGGUUUGUGUAACUGGUGGUAGUGGACACGGCAGCGAGGUGACGGUGUGGGACGUCGAAAAGACUCAGUGUCGAGAAGUUUACCGGGCAGCAUCGCCAUCGACCGGAGCCAACAAUCAGGGCCUUGCAAAUGGGAACCCUUCCAGCCAUCGAACAUCGGUGGUAAACAACCUGGCCGCCAUGAAUACGGUUACGAAAAGCUAUGAACCAUGGCGCGUGGAUGAAGACCGACCUGAAGGGAUGCUCAGCCGGUUCGCGAGCACAUCAGCAGCAGGGAUCGAGCCGAAUGCAAACUCGGCGCCGUCUUCGGCAGCAUUUGGUGACCGGAAUGGUAUAUGUGCUCUGAAUGUUGGGUACGAUUCGCCGAUGGAUGGGAAGGACAGCACCAAGUGUGGGUUCGCGAUCUCAGCAGGGUCGGAUCGCAAGAUACGGUUUUGGGAUUUGGCUCGGCCAGAGUUCUCAAAUAUUGUCAGCGGAUUCGAUGCGGCGUCGGAUGCGGGGAUUGCUGCGACACCGCGAUACGAGAGCGUUCAGCCGACUCCUAGUCUCACGGUCACUACAGAGCACAUGCCGAAUAUACCCGGUACGAACGGCCGAGGUGAAGGUAGGGGCAGUGGCAAGAAAGGAAGCAGUGCGAGUGCUUCACGACCCCCUCGAAGUACGGUGAUUAGCCUUCAGCAGCAGCAACUGCUCAAGAGCCACUUGGACUCCAUUCUAGACGUGGCGAUUCUGCGGGAACCUUACGGGAUGACAGUGAGCGUGGAUCGGGCAGGAAUGGUAUAUGUAUUUCAAUAA